AUGCGAAACCAUAAUGCACGCCCUGUUGGCUCUGCAUCAGUGCUUGAAGCACACCAUGUUGCCAAGUUGAGCAACACUAUGGGGAACCAAGAUAGAGGACGAGGAAGAGGUCGUGGAAGGGGUCCAAGUCGUGGAAGAAGACAUGGAAGCAACAAGAAUCAUAACUCCCGCAACAAGCAAAGGCAGCCGAAAAAUCAAGAACAACCAAGCUCAUCCAACAAUCAUUUCGUGCAGCAGCAAGCCUGCUAUAGAUGUGGGUGCACAGGACACUGGUCCCGUACAUGUCGCACCCCAAAGCACUUGGUUGAGGCAUAUCAGCAAAUAAUUAAGAGGGACAAAAUGCGGCCUAAAGAUGAGUCCCACCAUGUUGCGUUACCAGAAACAAACACACUUGUUAAUGCUGAUGAUGAUGACCUCAUGAAGUAUGAGCUUGAAGAUUAUGGAGAUCAAGAAUGA